CACCCCUUGGUUCCCCAAAGGGAUACACCUGUCCCACAACACCACAGCAAACAUCAGGAUUCUGUGUGCAGUCAGUCACUUGCCUCUCCACCUCAAGUCAAGUGGUCCUCACAGGCCAGGCCUCCCGACUCACUGCAUUUGUGUCGAGAGCCCUUAAGCCGAAUCCACAGGUCCUCUUCUACUCUAAGGCUGCGAUCACAAACAACCCCUGGCCCAGAGGAGAGCGCUUCACAAAAGGUGGACCAGGGCCCCCAACCAACCCUGGUAGUGGUGUUGGAAGACAUUACUAGUCCCAGACUCCAGGCUGAGAGCUACGCCAGUGACAGCCCCAGCCUCUUCUCUGCACAAAGCACCUCCAGAAGCCCUAAGGGACAAAGGAAGUGCUGGCCUAGGUGGGAUCUGGACUCCGAAGCUCCCCCAUCGCCCCUCCAUCCCAGAGCUGAGCCCGUGACAAUGGCUCACCAGCUCCCACCUACACUCGGAGACUCUCAGCCUCCAUUCCAGCCAUCUAUCCUGCCUGCGGACCCUCCACAGAGCCCACUACCAGCCCCAGAUCCUGUUCUGGAGCGCCCAUCGACCCCACCACCGUCCAGCCUCUUACGCCCUCGCCUCAGUCCCUGGAGUUUGGCCCCCCUUUUCCGUUCCGUCCGCUCUAAGCUGGAGAGCUUCACUGAUAUCUUCCUCACACCCAACAAAAUCCCAAAGCCCCCACCCCCAUCACCCCCCAUGAAGCUAGAGUUGAAGAUUGCCAUCUCUGAGGCCGAGCAGUCCAAGGCUACCAAGGAAACUGCAACUGUCAGCCCCCGGCCCCCAAUCCACCAAUGGCGAACUCAGGGCUGUAGUACCCCAGCACCUUCCCCUAAGCUCUCUCUAGGCCGAAGCCACUCCUGCCCUGAUUUGGGGCCUGCUGGCCCAGUCAGCUACACCUGGCCCCCUGCUCCACCCCAGCCAAGCCAGCCAAGGCCUCGGCGACACACUGUGGGUGGUGGGGAAAUGGCCCGAGCCCCGCCACCACCCCGACCCUGUCUCCGGAAAGAGGUCUUCCCUCUUGGAGGAGUGGGAGCCUCUCCUCUCACCACAUCUUGUUCGUCCACUGCAUCCACUUCUUCCUUCUCUGAACCAGCAGAACCCAGGUUGGGUUCAACCAAGGGGAAGGAAACAAGAGCCUCCAAGGACCAGGUGCUUUCAGAACCAGAGACCAAG